AUGACAAGCUCACGAUUAUGCCGCUGUAUGUUUUGCACACAGAAAUGGCUAAACUUAAAUUCUAGGGGUGCUGGGCAGGAAGUUGGUCGCUCAUGCAUUUUAUUGACGUUCAAGGGGAAGAAAAUUAUACUUGACUGCGGUAUCCAUCCUGGCUUGCACAAUAAGGAGAGUCUGCCUUUUAUUGAUGCUAUUCCAGAGAUCGAAACGACUGACCUUAUCCUUGUUAGCCAUUAUCACCUGGACCACUGUGGUGCGCUUCCCUUCCUUCUGCUGAAAACGGAUUGUCGUGCAAAGUGCUACAUGACACACGCAACAAAGGCUAUUUAUCGUUAUUUGCUAGCAGAUUUUGUUAGAGUCAGCAACUCUGGUGUCGCUGGACAGGUCUUGUAUACGGAACGUGACAUCGUCCAGAGCCUUGAAAAGAUCGAUACUAUUGAUUUUCACCAAGAACUGGAAGUAAAUGGAAUCAAGUUUUCUGCGUAUCACGCAGGUCACGUUCUGGGAGCUGCAAUGUUUCUAAUUGAAAUCGCUGGUGUUAAGGUUCUCUAUACUGGUGACUUUAGUCGCCAAGAGGAUCGUCAUUUGAUGUGCGCUGAGAUUCCUCCUCACCGCCCAGACGUUCUCAUCACUGAGUCCACAUAUGGUAUCCAUAUUCACGAUAAGAGAGAGGAGCGGGAAAAACGAUUUACGAGUCUUGUUCACGACAUUGUUUCUCGUGGAGGUCGCUGCCUCAUACCUGCGUUUGCGCUCGGUCGUGCCCAGGAGUUGAUGCUUAUUCUGGACGAAUACUGGGCAGCCCACCCUGAGUUGCAUGAUGUGCCCAUCUACUACGCUAGUCAGCUCGCUCGAAAGUGUAUGGCCGUUUACCAAACAUACAUUAAUGCCAUGAAUGAUCGGAUUCGUAAUCAAUUGGCCAACAAUAAUCCCUUUUGUUUCCGGUUUAUUUCGAACUUGAAGAGCAUCGAACAUUUCGAUGAUUCUGGUCCCUGCGUCGUGAUGGCGAGCCCCGGGAUGAUGCAGUCGGGGCUAAGUCGAGAACUUUUCGAAAACUGGUGCACGGACAAAAGAAAUGGAGUCAUUAUUGCCGGGUACUGUGUCGAAGGAACACCCGCGAAGCUAAUUCUGUCGCAGCCGGCGGAAGUGCCAACCAUGUCUGGCCAAAUGUUGCCGCUCAAAUGUUCGGUGGAGUAUAUUAGUUUUUCUGCUCAUACCGAUUACCAGCAAACGAGUGAAUUUAUUCGGGAGUUAAAGCCACAUCAUGUGGUUCUGGUACAUGGUGAACAGAAUGAAAUGAUGCGUUUGGCGGGAGCACUUCAGCGCGAAUACGAGGACGAUGAGACAUGUCGAUUGGAGAUUUUCACGCCGAAGAACUGUGAGGCAGUGAAUCUUCGUUUCAAGGGUGAGAAAGUCGCCAAGGUGCUGGGUAGCCUGGCGAAGGCAAGGGGGGCAUUCCUGGCUAAGGGAGGGAAAAGUGAAAAACCAGAACACCAAAGGCUCUCCGGAGUGCUAGUUAAGAAGAACUUCGCCUAUCACAUCAUGGCACCUAACGAACUUCCUGCAUACACUGAGCUUGCCACCACCAUUGUGACUCAGGUGGUUGCUACCCCAUUUUCCGGACCCGCAAGUUUACUUAAAUUUCAUCUGGCUUUGGUUGCGGGGAAAGUGUCUGUUUUGGAGGAGUCCGACGAGUCUGCGAUCUUCCUCGUUUUCGGCGCGAUUUCUGUAAUCUGGCAGCCCCAAAUUGUCCGUAUUAAAUGGGAGGCAAAUCCUAUGAAUGACAUGUAUGCGGACGCUGUUCAGAAUGUGGUUUUGCGGGCCUCGAUGGCUUCUUCAAGUUGGCGCUCCACCCUACCCGAUCUACGGGAGCCCGACUUCAAUCAGUUCCACGCCGCUCUAAGGGUGAUGCUCAAAGACGCCUUUGGACCUGACUGCUUGGAUGCCAAGAGUGAAGUCAUAGAUCCCAAGUCGGAUUUGCUGCCGUUGAAGGUUGACGAGACUGUCGUUGAAAUCAACGUCAGAGAUUUGGUGAGAAAUUUGUGUUACGUCGGUCGCUCAUGUUAUUACCUUAUACAUAGCUUAAGUACUGAUUUUUUUAAUAAUUGGAUUUUAUUCAGUUACCGCAUUUUAUUCCAAAAGCGUAGUAGCAUGUUGAUUUAUUUUGUCAGUAAUUCGGUACAUGGCAAGUGUAGUAUGAGUGAUGUGGUUGGUACGAUGAAUCAAACAACUGCCAUUAUCUUUCCUUCGAGUAUUGAAUGGUCGUUAUUCAGUUGUGACACGUAA